CUAUUUUUGCCAACUUUUACGUAUAAAACCUAAAACGAAAUUAUUUCUUGCGUCCAUAUUAUUGUGAUUCCACAGAUUCUCUAUAACUCUUUUAUAAAGAAGAAUAUUUUCACAUUUCAUUGAUUCCAAUGAAAUUUUUUGAAUUUGAUGCAUUCUAGGUUUGACGUAAAAUCUUCUUUUAUUGCAGUUUGUGAGUUUUAAGAGAAAACAUUGUUUCGGUAUAACCAUCUGGCAUCAGAAACACACUUGCAUGACUAAUCUGGAUUGGCGCCGUGUAGGGCCCACUAUAGAGAGAAGCACUCCCUACCAAAGAUAUAGUUGAUAUUGGUUUAGUAAGAGGAAAAGAUGUUAAGAUUAUUGGCUGAAGUAGCUAAUAUUGGCAACUCAAAAUCUGCUGAAGAAGGCCUAAUAAGUGUUGUGCUACCACUGCUUAAACUUCUUUCCCUUGCACUUUUCGGAUUAGUUUUAGCUCACAAGAAAUUCCAAAUUGUCCCAAGAGAAACAUUCAAAUUGCUUAGCAAACUUGUUUUUGCUCUUUUCUUGCCCUGUUUGAUCUUCACUCACUUGGGACAAUCGAUAACGCCUGAGAAUUUCGUGCAUUGGUGGUUUAUACCGGUUAAUGUGUUGUUAAGUACACUAGUUGGCUUUCUCUUAGGAGUCUUAGUGGUGAUCAUAUGUCGUCCACCUCAAGAAUUUACUCGAUUCACGAUUAUAUUUACUGCAUUCGGUAACACUGGAAAUCUUCCACUAGCUAUAGUUAGCUCUAUUUGUCAUAGUGCGGAUAAUCCCUUUGGACCUGAUUGCAAGAGGAAUGGAGUUGCCUAUGUUUCUUUUGCUCAAUGGGUUGCUGUGAUUCUAGUUUACACGCUCGUUUAUCAUAUGAUGGAGCCUCCGAUGGAGUACUAUGAGGUUGUCGAAGAGGGAGUUGAAAAGGAGGAGGAUCAGCAGACGGAUAAUGAAGUGAGUAGACCUCUUCUAGUUGAAGCAGAGUGGCCGGGGAUUGAAGACAAAGAAAACGAACAUUCAAAAACACCCCUUGUCGCGAAGAUCUUUAUGUCCGUUUCAAAUCUUUCGAUAUCCAAUACACCUGAUAUCGAAAACAAUAUAGUAGAAGAUGCAGGAGAAAGUCCCAAGUCAAUUAGGUGUUUGGCAGCACCUAAAGUUGUCAAGAAAAUGAGAACAGUUGCUGAACAGACUCCUGUACAGCACAUCCUUCAGCCCCCGACGAUUGCUUCUUUACUUGCAAUAAUCGUUGGAAUGGUUCCUCAUGUCAAGGCGUUUGUCUUUGGAUAUGACGCUCCACUGUCUUUCAUCACGGAUAGUUUAGAAAUCUUAGCUGGUGCAAUGGUUCCAUCGGUCAUGCUAAUUCUUGGAGGAAUGCUCGCUGAAGGGCCUAACGAUUCUAAACUUGGCCUUCGGACUAUGAUUGGUAUAUCAAUAGCAAGACUUUUGGUGCUUCCUUUGUUGGGGAUUGGCGUUAUUACAUUGGCCAAUAAGAUGCAUUUUCUUGUCGAGGGUGAUCAUAUGUAUACGUUUGUGCUUCUGUUGCAGUAUACAACGCCAAGUGCAAUCUUGUUGGGUGCAAUUGCUAGCUUGAGAGGUUAUGCAGUAAGUGAAGCCUCGGCACUUAUUUUCUGGCAACAUUUAUUGGCACUCUUUUCCUUGUCAUUAUACAUUGUUGUUUACUUUAAGCUAUUCUCUUUUUUCUGAGCUGAAUUUCGAGCAGAGUUACAUGCUCUUGAUUGUAAUCAUUGUACGUAAAUGCUUCACUUGAAAGGGCACGAUUACUAGUGUAUGACUAGCUUGUUCUGUAAUCAGACAUUUGGAUGUUAUGCCUGAUCUAA